CUCUUACACGCACACACUUGGACAUCCGAAAGGAGCAACGGACAGGACGGACAUGAGCUCCCACGUGAGGACUGCGAGGCUAGACCAGAUGGUGGACCAGAUGGAACGAGCGGCUCACAUCAAGAAGAUGCUGGAGCAGGGAGAGAAGAAGCCCUACAAGGAUGUGAUAGAUGUCUGCUGGGGUGACCCUCACGGGGCCGGCAUGAAACCUCUCACCUUUGUCAGACAGGUGCUCGCCGCUUGUUUAUACCCACAACUCCUGGACGCCGGCAAUCUGCCCAUGGACGUUAAACGGCGGGCACAGAAGCUGCUCAGCUGGUGCGAUGGCGGUAGUGUUGGCUCGUAUACAAACACAGCAGGCAUACUCGAAAUAGUGGAGAAACUCGCCCAGUUCAUCAGCCAACGCGACGGUGUUGCGGCCCAUCCUGAGAACAUUUGGAUCCAUCCCGGCUCCCAGACGUCGCUCACGCAGAGCAUCCUGACACUGUUGCUGAGCAGCGAGGCGACCCCCAAAAGGGGCGUGCUCGUGCCCGUGCCGGGUUACAGUACAGUCCCCUUGUCCGUGACGGCCUUAGGGGGCGUGGCCGCCCCCUACUUCCUGGACGAGGAGGGCGGCUGGGAGCUGCGGGCGGACGAGCUGCGGCGAGCGUUGGCGUCCGCCCGCGGUGUGUGCAGGCCCGUCGCUUUGUACGUCAUCAACCCGGGAAACCCCACAGGGCACGUCCAGAGUCGGAAGUCCAUGGAAGAGGUCAUCAGGUUCGUGGCGGAGAACAACCUCUUCCUUCUUGCCGAUGAGGUGUACCAGGGCAGCGUUUACGACGCAGACAGUGAGUUUGUGUCUUACAAGAAGCGCCUCUAUGAGUUGGGGCCUCCUUUGGCCCACACGCUGGAGCUGGCAUCCUUCCACUCGGCAUCCAAAGGCCUUGGAGAGUGCGGUCUUCGAGGAGGAUACGUGGAGCUGGUCAACAUGGACCCCGGCAUCAUGCCGUACGUCGAGCGUCUGUUCCAUUUGAUCCCCUCUGCACCCGUCACCGGACAAAUCGCUUUGGAGCUCAUGGUGGAGCCCCCCCAGCCGGGAGAUCCGUCAUACCCGCUUUACAUGCACGAGAUGGAGCACACGAGGCGCACGCUGGUUGACAACGUAAAGAGAGUGCUGCAGGUUCUCAACCGGCUGCCUGCAAUCAGCUGCCAGCCCGUGCAGGGGGGAGCCUUUGCCUUCCCCAGGUUGCAUCUGACCACGAAAGCCAUUUGCAAAGCCAAGGAAGCGGGCAUGCAACCUGACAUGUUCUACUGCACCAAACUGUUGGAGGACGCUGGCGUGUUUGUUAGUCCAGGUUGCGAGUACGGACAAAAGGAAGGAACCUACCACAUCAGGUUUUGCAUUAUGACUCCUGCUGACACCAUGGAGGAACUUCUGAGACGCCUCAGUGCCUUUCACUUAAAGUUCAUGAAGGACUUCUCGUAAAUGUUUCCCACCAAUCCUCCUGGAACCUAACGAGGUCGGAUAACCCUGUAAAAGCAUCAUUUUUAGACUACAGUAAUGACGACAAGGUUAAUUUUGAUCGAUCUUGUCAACGUAUUCAUUUCGUCUGAAGUGUAAAAAUAAGAUGACCACUGUAUAAUAAUAAAAGAAAGUAAAGACA